CGCUGAUGCCCCCGCCCCCGCCGCCGCUCCCGGCCCCGCUCCUGUCGAGGAUCGUUGUCGCCCUAAUGCUGGCUCUCGCGCGCGCCGCGGCCGAUGCGCGGCCCUACCUGUGCUCCGCGAUUGGGUUGCUUCUAUCCGCUGGUUCAGCCGCCGGGGUCGUGGCACGCCGCGUCUGGGGCGAGGGCUCCGCCCCCUUCGUGUUUCUCGAAGCGCUCACGGGCGCGGCUCUGAAGGCCGGCUUCUGCAUGAUCUUUCUCUUCUUCGCUCAUAUAGGCUUGCUGCUGUGCAGACACAUCCUGCUUUUCCUGGCCGACAUUGCCUGUGAUUUCAUUGAUUUGGUUCUUGGCUUCAGGAAGAGUGCCCUUUGGAAAAUACUUCGGGAGACCAUUCAGGAGUUAAAUGUAUCCUCCCGCACCGCGGCUCUUGGAGGGGCAUGUUUCCUGCUAAUUGUCACUGGCUGUCUGCUAGUAUCGAUGUCGCCACCUGUGGAGCGAUCGACAUCCCAGGGAGAAAAGAUUGGUUACAUGAUCAUCGAUGUGGGGUUAUUUGGCUUCCACGCGAUAUUUUGCAUUGUCAUCAUUUCAGAUUUUGGACCUAGCACCCAGAGGAAGAACAAGUCGGAUAGGCGUCGCAGAUUGUUGAGACAAAGCUAAGAAGACAUGGAGCAACUACAGUGCCAAUUUUGCUGAUGGUUGUGAGUCAUCCCAACUGAAACAAGAUUUCAGAGGAUAGAGGAAGUUUAAGCAGAAUUGCUUUUUUACUAUUGGUAGAGACUAAUCGUCAAUAGCAAUGUAAGCCUUUAUGGGCGUGCAUCUUUCUGCUU